AUGGCCAAGCUUAACAUCUCCUGGUCCAAUGUGAAUAGUGAGAGGGAUAUAAUCAACGCACUAGUAUGGAAUCGAUGGAUACUACGACUUCUCGGAAUCUGGCCGUUGGUAUAUUCAAAUACUACAGUGAUCGAAAAGAUAUUAGCGACGAUAUUAUUCGUGUUAUGCUGGUCCGGGUUCAGUUUUAUUCUAAUUCCCAUGGUCAUGUCUAUGCUGUCAGAACGAACGACUCAAAACGACAAAAUGAAAAUAUUAGGCCCACUAAGCUACGUGUCAGUCUCGACGUUGAAAUAUUUUUUCUUGGUAAUUCAUUAUAAGGGCAUACGGAAAUGCAUUCGCAUGCUAAGUAUCGAUUGGAGUACAGUCCAGCAGCAGGAUUAUCGAAAAAUUAUGAUUAAAAGCGCGACAAAAAGUAAUGUGUUAUGCAAGUUUUGUAUAAUAUUGAUGUAUAGCGGAGGCUUGUGUUUUUAUACCAUAAUGCCGUUUCUGGGGCACACCACAAUCGACGAGCAAAAUAAUACAAUUAAACCAAUGGCUUGCCCCGGAUUUGAUAUUAUUUUCGACUUACAUUUUACGCCAACCUACGUAUUUGUAUUUUGCGCACAAUUUUUUUGUGGUAUCGCGGUAUACAACAUCACUACAGCAGUAUGUUGCUUGGCGGCCAUGCUCGUAGGUCACGCUUGUGGUCAAAUCGAGAUCGUAACGACCCGCAUAGAAAAUUUUCUAAAAAAUGCACAAAGUAAUCAUAAACACAUAAAGCAACAAAUGGCAAUUAUAGUGAAACACCAUAUGCAGUCAUUGAG